AGCACAACAAAAAUCUGCCCAAGUAGUCUCGUAGCCAUCGUUUCUUGCCACUCCUUUUUUCCCCAUUUCUUUUUCUUUUCUUCUUUCUUUUAAUCAACUUAUGGUGUUCCUUUGACAAUGGCAACAAGAGUCCUACGUAUAGGUUUUGUAAUCAUCUUAAUAGGCCACCCAUUUAACUGGUAGAGCACAACUCUCUCUCUCUCUCUCUCUCUCUCAUCUCUCAAAUGAAGGGAAUCUGUAUGAGACUAUCUUGGGAUCGAUUGAAGGAAAUCUCUCCUUUGGCAGCAAUCCUUGACCUACUUUCUACCUAUACUUCAGCUUAUCUCAAUUGAAGGAACUGAUAUGAGGAAAGGUUGGGACUGGGGAUCUCGAUGAGCGUCUCUCCUUGACAACCAUCUUAUCUUCUGCACUUCAGGUUUAACGACAACAAAGGAAGAUAAGGUCAGUUAUUGACAGUAAGAAAGCUUAUGUCAUUCUUAGGAGGAAAGAUAAGCUGUAAAGAUGAAGUACAUGAAACUUGGAACAAAGCCAGACACUUUCUACACAGAAGAAGCCGUAAGAUCAGUGCUGUCGGAUGUACCAACUGACAUUAUCAUACACAUUAACAGCACGAAAUACCUAUUGCAUAAGUUUCCGCUUCUCCUGAAGUGUGGCCUCCUACAACGCCUUUGCUCCGACGCUGAGGACGAUUCCGACCAACCAAUUCCCAUAGCUCUUCACGAUGUGCCUGGGGGGGAAGAAGCAUUUGAGCUCUGCGCGAAGUUCUGUUACGGAAUCACCAUCAAUCUCAGCGCCCACAACUUCGCGCAGGCAGUCUCUGCAGCCAGGUUCCUACGGAUGACCGAGUCAGUGGCCAAGGGAAAUGUCAUUGCGAAGCUCGAGUCGUUCUUCCAAUCGUGCGUCCUCCGGGGCUGGAAGGACCCAAUUGCAACGCUCCAGUCUGUAGGGAAGCUGUCAGGUUGGUUGGAUAAUCCUAGGAUUGUGCAGCCAUGCAUGGAUGUCAUCAUUGAAAAAAUCCUUGCAGACCCAUCAAAGGUUACGUGGUCCUUCACAUACACCAGGCCAGGCUACACCAAGAAGGAUCGCCGUUCUGUCCCCAAGGACUGGUGGACUGAGGAUGUUUCCGAGCUCGAGCUCGACCUCUUCCGAUCGAUAAUCUCCACCGUCAGGGUAACAAAGAAGCUCCCUCCGGCACUCAUCGGAGAAGCUCUCCAUGUCUAUGCAUGCAAGCACCUCCCAGACCCAAUGGAGGGCCAAGGCGUAGCUCAAAGCUCCACUGUUCGAACCGGAGAAACCCUAGCCAAGGGCAAGCGCGUGCUGGAGUCCAUCGUCAGCAUGAUUCCCAGUGAACCAGGUUCGGUCUCUGUCGGGUUCUUGUUAAGGUUGCUGAAAGUUGCCAACUAUGUUGGGGCUUCGCCGUCGACCAAAGCCGAGCUAGUUAGGCGAUCAGGCCGGCAGUUGGAUGAAGCAACAGCGAGCGACCUGCUCAUUCCACUGCCUUCAAACCCACAGGAGUAUGAUGUUGGUGCAGUGGAAGCGGUAUUAGAGAAUUUCCUGGUUCAACUUCGCCGACCCAUGCCUCCAGAAGAGAGUAGGAGGAUGCUCGGGUCAAUGGCGAGGGUCGCAAACAUCUUCGACUCCUACUUGCAAGUCAUUGCGCAAGACACUGACUUCCCAGUGUCAAAAUUCUGUGAUCUUGCAGGGUCCCUGCCAGAAAUGGCACGACAAGAGCACGACGGGCUCUAUCGAGCCAUUGAUACUUACCUUGAGGAGCACCCAGACUUGAGCAAGGCAGAGAGGAAGCGGCUCUGCCGGAUGAUCAACUGCCAAAAGCUGUCCCCUGCUGCACGCUCGCAUGCAAUAGAAAACGACCGCCUGCCCUUGCGCACGAUCGUGCACCUCCUGUUUGUAGAACAGGAGAGGGUGGGCAGCGCCGGCAGGAACCAAGGGGCUCCUCCCGUUCGAUCAUCGAAUGAGGUCUCGGCCGCAAGGGUCGCUCAAGAUGACAGUAGAAGGCUGAGACAGGGAUCAGAAGAAGGGCUUCAACACAGAGGAGAGCCAGUACAAGGUGGUGGAAGGAUCAAGAGUGUAGAGAUGCUGAGGAUGGGGAGAUCGACAUCAGAGUCUAGAAUGACCAGGAAGGACAAGGAGAGAGCAGUGGAGAAAGGGGAAGGAUCCGGGAGCAAGAUCAGACUCAACCAAUAAAGCUAAAGAAGGGAUAAAAAAUAUGAUGAUGAUAUUAGCAUCGCAUCCCCUCUCCACCCCAGCAAUAAAAAGGGGUGAAAAGGAGAGACAGGGGGAGGGGGGAUCGAGUUUGUAAUACCUAGUCUGUUAAUACUCGCAAAGAUAUUCAUGAUUUUUUUUUUUUUAUUUUCCAAUUCUUUUGGAUCUAGAGACCAUGAAGAAUUUGUUUGGGAGGUAAAUUUUGUAAUUAUUUGAGUGAGCAAGGGAUGAUCGAUCAUUUAACCUUGAAAUGUCUUGCACAAGUCAGGAGGGAUAUUUGAACUUCUACUUUGUCCAAAGUACUCCUCCAGGAUUAUCAUAGAGGAUCUCCAAGACUCCAAGAAAAGCUACCAUAGAAGAUAUAAAACAGAAAGAAUCCAAGUGCAACAGAUCAAGUUGCUUGCAGGCAGCGCAGCUGUAAAUAGGUUGGACUAAGGUGGGAUCCAUGGUAUAUCUUUAUCCAAAGUCAACAAGACAAAUUGAGUUUUGAUUCAAAUUUGAGAUCACCAAAAAUGAGUAAGCUCCAAACACAAAUCAAUCCAGAUUAAUAGUCAGAUGCAAGCUCAGAUUUAAGUUUUUGUGGAGUUCGAUUCAGCACUUAAUUUUAUUUUAUGUUUCUUCAUGCUAUUGCUCUUCUAUUUUUAUUCUCCUUCUAUUAUCUAAUAAGAGGAUUGUUCUGGUGCACUUUAGGGAAGUCGCAUGGCACUACGCUUUUAAAAUACAGAUAAGGAUUCCAUGCCACCUGGUCUCCUAAUUUUGUUCCCGAUGAACAUUUAUUCUUACCAGCAACAACAAUUAAUUUUUAUGUCAGCAAUAGAAGCCCAAGUUCAUGGCAUUGCUGAUCUUGUAGAGGUCGAAAAUAUCAAAUUCAUCUAGUUAAAAGUAUAAGAGAAAAUACGUAAUUAAGUUGGCGGGGGUGUUAUUUUAAGAAAAAAUCUAAAAAGUUAGAGUAUACAAAGAGAAGGAAAUGACGGCCCGUAAAGGUUACAUAAUGGGAAGAUGGAAACCUUGAGUCACAACAAUCAGGAAACAUGGUAACAAAAACAUAACCAUGUAGAAGCUGCAAGGGAAAUGACAAAACCAUCAAGAACCAAGUUUGCACUGGUUUCUCACAUACGUCUCUUCUAUUUACUCCAUGAACCAAGCAAAUAAGUUUGUCUUGCUAGAUAGCAAAAGUAGAGAGUGCGACAGCAAAGCGCAUAAGAAAAAAGCAAGUUCUAUUACUAGAGCUAAAAAAAAUGGGUAUAAACUUUACACGAUGCUUUGAUUUGGUGUAAAAUUAGAAAAUGGACCAUAAUGUGAAAACCAUCCACCGAGUUGGUUUGAAGAACAACUGUGUAACCACAUAUAUAUAACCGAAGGGCUACCUAUGGGUAGUGUUUAACCCAGAUGAUCAGUAAAAGGUAAUGCAUGUAGAAUAAAAUUUAGGAAUUCACGUGGUUAAGUAAAACCCCACAACCCCUGGGAGUUGAAUCAUAUAGUGAAAUAAGUGUUCGAAAAUAGUAUGUUAUCCCUGAUACUGUGCCUAAUUAUAUUGCAUUCUUGGCUACAACAAUCUUGGCUGUGAUGGUCUGCUAAACACCCAAGAACCCUAGACUGCAAAUGAAUGAACAGAUUUGGGCCUAGUAAAGGUACAAGGAAAAUUUUAAAUUAGCCUGAUUCUGUCAAAUCCUAUAGCAGUACAUAAAUUCCCCCCCCC